AUGUCACUCGCACGUCGAGUUGCACUCUCAAGUGUCCGCACUCAGACCCAGCCUUGGCGGAGGCUCUACAGUUCUACCGAGCUUGAUGCGCGCAAAGGAGACCGUCAACGACUGGUAGUCAUCGGUUCCGGCUGGGCGGGGUUCGGCGUUCUGCGCGGAGUGGACAAGAAAAAGUAUCAAACUGUCGUCAUAUCUCCUCGGUCUUAUUUUGCUUUUACGCCCCUUCUUGCAUCAACGGCUGUCGGCACACUUGAAUUUCGUACUGCCAUCGAGCCUGUUAGACGAAAAGGAGUCGAACUAUAUCAAGGUUGGGCCGAAACAGUCGACUUUAAAGACAAGUCGAUCCUAGUCCAAAGCAACCUCGCCACCGAACUCGACAAAGACCAAGGAGGAGAAAAGUUUACCGUCAAAUACGACAAGCUUGUCAUCGCUCCAGGAGCCUACUCCCAAACAUUCGGCACACCAGGCGUAACCCAACACGCAUACUUCCUCAAAGACGUCGCCGACGCACGCCGAAUCCGCCAACGCGUCCUCUCCAACUUUGAAAAAGCGGCCUUGCCCACGACCAGCCCGGCCGAACGAGACAAACUCCUCCACUUCGCCAUCGUCGGGGGCGGCGCAACGGGCGUCGAGUUUGCUGCCGAGCUGCACGAUCUCCUGCACGACGACUUGCCCGAGUUGUAUCCGACCCAGGGGACCAGGUCGCUUGUCGAGGAACACGCCAGGAUCACGAUUUACGAUGUCGCGCCGCGGAUAUUGGGGAUGUUUGAUACGGCCUUGGGCGAGUUUGCCGAGAGGCAUUUGAAGCGCGAGGGAGUGAGCAUUCGCCCGAACCAUGUCGUCGAGCGCGUCGAAUCCGGUAUGCUCCAUUUCAAGGGUGGAGAGGCUGUUCCGUUUGGUAUGCUAGUCUGGGCAACCGGAUUGGCCACGAAUCCAUUUGUAAAGAGUUUGAAGGGUAUCGAGAAGGAGCCCACUCACCAAGCUAGGAUUUUGACAGAUGCGAAACUGAGAGUGUUGAAAGAGGGGGGUGAGGCUAUAGAAGACGUGUUCGCGCUCGGCGAUUGUGCGGCAGUCAAAGACGGACCAGUGCUCCCCACGACCGCCCAAGUGGCCAGCCAAAAAGCCAAUUACCUGGUAAAACAUUUCAACAGUGGCGAUCCCAACACGACUACCGACUUUGUAUUCAAAAACUUUGGGGCACUUGCAUACUUGGGCGGGUGGCGUGCGAUCAUGCAGGGAGAGAGCCAGAACAUCAAAGGAUGGGCUGCAUGGGUUAUUUGGCGAGGGGCCUAUUUGACCAAGAGUGUGAGUUGGAGGAACAAGAUUCUGAUACCUACGCUAUGGAUGAUCAACUGGCUCUUCGGUCGGGACAUUUCGAGGUUCUAA